AUGGCCAAGUAUGGCAAGUAUGGCAGCGAGGGGGUAGGCGGGGGAGAGCUGCCGGUACUCAUACCCAGCUGCUCCGUGAAAGGCAACUGGACGCACCCGGACGGCAGCAACCACCUGCAGGUCACCCCAGUUCCCGCCAUAAACACAGCUGUCAAAACGGCUUUCCACGUGAAGCAGUUCCGAAACGGCUUGUACCGCAAGGGACGGGGGAAGACCUGGGACCCCAGGACGCUGACGGUGGUGAUGCGAGGGUGGAAGACCCCAGAAGCGUCCCAUCAGACCCCAGAAGCGUCCCAUCAGACCCCAGAAGCAUCCCAUCAGACCCCAGAAGCGUCCCAUCAGACCCCACGACGUGCCAGAGGGGCCAACACGCCCCACGAACCACACCGCCUCUGGCCAUGGCACUCCACUAACGACCCGUCAACAGCCAACUGCAGGCCAGAGAAGGACAGUGCCAAUGGGCCUGAGAGGAACGACAGUGCCAAUGGGCCAGAGAGGAACGACAGUGCCAACGGGCCAGAGAGGAACGACAGUGCCAACGGACCAGAGAGGAACGACAGUGCCAACGGACCAGAGAGGAACGACAGUGCCAACGGACCAGAGAGGAACGACAGUGCCAACGGACCAGAGAGGAACGACAGUGCCAACGGACCAGAGAGGAACGACAGUGCCAACGGACCAGAGAGGAACGACAGUGCCAACGGACCAGAGAGGAACGACAGUGCCAACGGACCAGAGAGGAACGACAGUGCCAACGGACCAGAGAGGAACGACAGUGCCAACGGACCAGAGAGGAACGACAGUGCCAACGGACCAGAGAGGAACGACAGUGCCAACGGACCAGAGAGGAACGACAACGGACCAGAGAGGAACGACAGUGCCAACGGACCAGAGAGGAACGACAGUGCCAACGGACCAGAGAGGAACGACAACGGACCAGAGAGGAACGACAGUGCCAACGGACCAGAGAGGAACGACAACGGACCAGAGAGGAACGACAGUGCCAACGGACCAGAGAGGAACGACAGUGCCAACGGACCAGAGAGGAACGACAACGGACCAGAGAGGAACGACAGUGCCAACGGACCAGAGAGGAACGACAGUGCCAACGGACCAGAGAGGAAUGACAGUGCCAACGGACCAGAGAGGAACGGCAGAGCCAACGGACCAGAGAGGAACGACAACGGACCAGAGAGGAACGACAGAGCCAACGGACCAGAGAGGAACGACAGUGCCAACGGACCAGAGAGGAACGACAACGGACCAGAGAGGAACGACAACGGACCAGAGAGGAACGACAACGGACCAGAGAGGAACGACAGAGCCAACGGACCAGAGAGGAACGACAACGGACCAGAGAGGAACGACAGAGCCAACGGACCAGAGAGGAACGACAGAGCCAACGGACCAGAGAGGAACGACAACGGACCAGAGAGGAACGACAACGGACCAGAGAGGAACGACAACGGACCAGAGAGGAACGACAACGGACCAGAGAGGAACGACAGAGCCAACGGGCCAGAGAGGAACGACAGUGCCAACGGGAAAGAGAGGAACGACAGAGCCAACGGACCAGAGAGGAACGACAGUGCCAACGGACCAGAGAGGAACGACAUUGCCAACGGACCAGAGAGGAACGACAGAGCCAACGGACCAGAGAGGAACGACAGAGCCAACGGACCAGAGAGGAACGACAGUGCCAACGGACCAGAGAGGAACGACAGUGCCAACGGACCAGAGAGGAACGACAGAGCCAACGGACCAGAGAGGAACGACAGUGCCAACGGACCAGAGAGGAACGACAACGGACCAGAGAGGAACGACAGUGCCAACGGACCAGAGAGGAACGACAGAGCCAACGGACCAGAGAGGAACGACAGUGCCAACGGACCAGAGAGGAACGACAGUGACAACGGACCAGAGAGGAACGACAACGGACCAGAGAGGAACGACAGUGCCAACGGGCCAGAGAGGAACGACAACGGACCAGAGAGGAACGACAGUGCCAACGGGCCAGAGAGGAACGACAACGGACCAGAGAGGAACGACAGAGCCAACGGACCAGAGAGGAACGACAGUGCCAACGGACCAGAGAGGAACGACAGUGCCAACGGACCAGAGAGGAACGACAGUGCCAACGGACCAGAGAGGAACGACAGAGCCAACGGACCAGAGAGGAACGACAGUGCCAACGGACCAGAGAGGAACGACAGUGACAACGGACCAGAGAGGAACGACAGAGCCAACGGACCAGAGAGGAACGACAGUGCCAACGGACCAGAGAGGAACGACAGAGCCAACGGACCAGAGAGGAACGACAGUGCCAACGGACCAGAGAGGAACGACAGUGCCAACGGACCAGAGAAGGACAGUGCCAACGGGCCAGAGAGGAACGACAGUGCCAACGGACCAGAGAAGGACAGUGCCAACGGGCCAGAGAAGGACAGUGCCAACGGGCCAGAGAAGAACGGCAGUGCCAACGGGCCAGAGAAGGACAGUGCCAAUGGGCCAGAGAAGAACGGCAGUGUCAACGGGUCAGAGAAGAACGGCAGUGCCAAUGGUCCAGAGAAGGACAGUGCCAACGGGUCAGAGAAGAACGGCAGUGCCAAUGGUCCAGAGAAGGACAGUGCCAACGGUUCAGAGAAGAACGGCAGUGCCAACGGGCCAGAGAGGAACGACAGUGCCAACGGACCAGUCCGGAGCGACAGUGCCAACGGACCAAUCCGGAGCGACAGUACCAAUAGUCCAGUGCGGAGCAACUAUGCCAACAUCCCUGACCGGAACGUCAUCGGACCAAUUUGGGACGUCAGUAAAAAUGGCCGAGGCCGGAGCGUCAGUGCCCACGGACCAGUUUGGAGUGCCAGUGCCAAUGGCCCAGGCCAGAGCGACAGCGCCAAGGGGCGAGUUGGAAGUGACAGUGACAGCUGGCCAAUUCCGAACGUCAGUGCCACCGGCCCAGGCCGGAGCGCCAGUGCCACCGACCCAGGCCGGAGCGCCAGUGCCACCGACCCAGGCCGGAGCGCCAGUGCCACCGACCCAGGCCGGAGCGCCAGUGCCACCGACCCAGGCCGGAGCGCCACUGCCACCGGCCGAGGCCGGAGCGCCAGUGCCACCGGCCGAGGCCGGAGCGCCAGUGCCACCGGCCGAGGCCGGACCGUCAGUGCCAACGGCCGACGCCACAGUUUCGGAGGAUCAAAUCGGAGGACAGAAAGAGACCACGGCCCAGCCCGGAGCGAAAGUCGAGACCUCGGAGGACGUCGAUAA